UCGAAGCCUUUGCGAUCUCAGAUAAUAAUGGUAGGCUCUUCUCCUUGUGCUUCCUGCAAAUUGCUACGACGUCGCUGCACCAAGGAAUGCAUUUUUGCUCCUUACUUUCCUUCUGAUGAUCCCCAAAAGUUUGCCAUCGUCCACAAGGUGUUUGGCGCCAGCAAUGUCAGCAAAAUGUUGCAGGACCUUCCGGUGCAUCAAAGAGCAGAUGCCGUGAGCAGUCUGGUUUACGAGGCAAAUGCGAGAGUGAGAGAUCCAGUGUACGGCUGUGUAGGAGCAAUAUCAUAUUUACAAGGUCAAGUUUCACAGUUAAAAAUGCAGCUUGCGAUGGCUCAAACAGAGAUUAUGUGCAUCCAAAUGCAGCAAGAUUAUCCUUCUUCAAAUCUAUCACCAGCCCACCAGAUUGAUCCUUACCAAGACGACAAGUCCCUUAUCGUAUCAUCUGAUAAUAACUACGAAAGCAAUAAUAAUAAUAUUCAUCAACAUCAUCAGUAUCUCAGUUUUGCUUCUUCUUCUUCCUCUUCUAGUAAUGUAAUCCAAGACCCUUUUAAGAGAGAGUCAUCAUUUUGGAGUUAGUGAGUUCUAGACUGAUUAGUAUAUAGUUUUUGCUCCCUCAGUGAAUUAGUUUACAUAUUUUUUAUUAUUAUUAUUUUCUUGUUUGAUUAUUUUUGA